AUGAUCAUUAAAUACUCUAGUCAAGUCGAGCCGAUGAUACAUUUAUUAGUCAAUAUCCCCAAAGCUCGUAAGACCCUCUGUGUCAAGUGCAACAAGCACACCCCACACAAGGUAACUCAAUACAAGGCUGGUAAGCCAAGUCUUUUCGCCCAAGGUAAGAGACGUUACGACAGAAAACAAAGAGGUUUCGGAGGUCAAACCAAGCCAGUUUUCCACAAGAAGGCUAAGACCACCAAGAAGAUCGUACUCAGAAUGGAGUGUUCAUGCGGUGCCAAGAAGCAACAAGUCAUCAAGCGUUGCAAGCGUUUCGAGCUCGGUGGAGAGAAGAAGAAGAAGGGAGAAGCUAUGAAGAUAUAA